GGUCCGUCACUUAAGCAGUUUAUGGACAUUUUUUCUCUUCCUGAAAUGACGUUGCUCUCUUCAGUCAUUGAUUACUUCAUAACUCAUGGCAUUGAGUUUGACCAGGUGCAUCUUUACAAGGAUAUAUCUGAUGCUAUUAGAGAUGUACAUGUGAAAGGAGUGAUGUACAAAUGGAUUGAAAAAGAUAUGGAACAGUAUAUUCUGCACGGGGAUGAAAUCUAUGCUGUGCUAAACCGACUGGUGAACCACAAGAAGAAACUCUUCCUCAUUACGAACAGUCCCUUUAGCUUUGUGGACAAAGGAAUGAAACACAUGGUUGGCAAGAACUGGCGGGACUUAUUCGACAUGGUCAUUGUGCAAGCUGACAAGCCCAACUUUUUCACUGAUCGGCGGAAACCUUUUCGAAAACUGGAUGAUAAAGGUUCACUACAGUGGGACAAAAUAAACCAGCUGGAGAAAGGAAAGAUCUACAAAGAGGGUAACCUCUUUGAUUUUCUGAGGCUGACAGGCUGGCGUGGGUCCAAAGUGCUCUACUUUGGUGACCAUCUGUACAGCGACCUUGCGGACCUCAUGCUGCGUCAUGGCUGGAGGACUGGAGCCAUUGUUCCUGAACUGGAGACAGAGAUUCGUAUUAUAAACACAGAGCAGUACAUGCACUCCCUGACCUGGCAGCAGGCUCUGACGGGGCUGCUGGAGAGAAUGCAGAUGUAUCAGGAUGCAGAGUCGAAGCAAGUAUUGCUGGAGUGGAUGAAGGAACGGCAGGAGAUCAGGUCGCUGACAAAGAACCUAUUCAACCCCCAGUUUGGAAGCAUCUUCCGCACCUUCCACAACCCCACGUACUUCUCUCGCCGGCUGGUGCGGUUCUCCGAUAUCUACAUGGCUUCCAUCAGCUGGCUGCUGAACUACGACGUGAAUUUCACCUUCUACCCCCGGCGCACCCCAUUGCAGCAUGAGGCUCCGCUCUGGAUGGAUCAGCUCUGCACAGGCUGCAUGAAAACACCCUUCCUGGAGGAGAUGGUACACAUCCGGUGAGGGCCAGGUACUUCGGGCAACAGCACACUGCAAGGCUGUACGUGGGGCCGGGCUGCUCGGCCAGCAGCACCUCUGUCUACCACUAAAGGACGUUUGACACUU